CCUACCCGGGCACCCUUCGCUGAGAGCUGUGAGCCGGUUAAGGCAGACAGAAAACUGAGGGAAGGAGGACUGGCCCUGGGAGCUCACACGGUCUAGAAAGGUUCAUCAAAAAUUGGGAUCUGGAGGGUCGAGGAAGUGGGAGCAGCCAACCUACCUACCUACGCCCCAACCUGCGUAGCGGGCGCGCGAGAAUCCAGUUGCUGAGAAUCUUCGCCUCGGUCCCACUAAAACUACGGUUGAGUGCCGGUUACUGUUGUCACUUCUGGGCUCGGAUACCUUGGUGUCGGUGGUGGGGGGAGACGGAGUCUUGCUCCUGGUCAGAGCUGGGUCUCAAACUCAGAAAGCUGAAGCAGUCCGCUUGCCUCAGCUUCCCAGAGUGCUAGGAUUACAGGUGUGAGCUGCCGAGCCCAGCAGCACAUGCAUUAUUUAAAUCUGAUCUCACAGGUGUCUUUCCGUUGAAUCACAUGGUCUGUGACACUGGUACAGUAGCUCCAGAAAAAUGCUUGUUUGGGGCAAUGCUCAAUAUCACUGCAGUUUUAGGUGUUGCUACCAUUUAUGUUCGUUAUAAGCAAGUUCAUGCUCUGAAUCCUGAAGAGAACUGUAUCAUCAAAUUAAACAAGGCUGGCCUUAUACUUGGAAUACUGAGUUGUUUAGGACUUUCUCUUGUGGCAAACUUCCAGAAAACAGUCCUUUUUCCUGUACAUGUUAGUGGAGGUGUGCUCACUUUUGGUAUGGGUUCAUUAUAUAUGUUUGUUCAGACCAUCCUUUCCUACCGAAUGCAGCCCAAAAUUCAUGGCAAACAAGUCUUCUGGAUCAGACUCCUGUUGGUUAUCUGGUGUGGAGUAAGUGCCCUUAUCAUGCUGACUUGCUCAUCACUUUUGUACAGUGGGAAAUUUGGGACUGAUAUAGUACAGAAACUCCACUGGAACCCUGAGGAUAAAGGUUAUGUGGUACACAUGAUUACAACUGCAGCUGAAUGGUCUAUGUCAGUUUCCUUCUUUGGUUUUUUCCUGACUUACAUUCGUGAUUUUCAGAAAAUUUCUUUACGGGUGGAAGCCAGUUUACAUGGAUUGACCCUAUAUGACACUGCGCCUUGCCCUAUUAACAAUGAACGAACACGACUACUGUCCAGAGAUUUUUCAUGAAAGGAUAAAGUAUUUCUAUAAAUUAUUUUGAUUCUCAGGGAUUGGAGAAAGGUUCACAAAAUUUUUUUAUUCUGCUCUGAAAAUUUCAACUAAUCAAGGCUAACAGUAACAUUGAUGAAUAGUGAUAAUCAGGAAACAUGAAAGAAGCCAUUUGAUGAGUUAUUUUAUGGGAUAUCAUCAAGAUGACUUUAAAAAUAUUUAUGCCUAUACUUUUUUAAUCCAGCAAAUAAAACCAAAGGACUCUGA